UCUAACGGCCAGCAUACGGUCAUAUUGGAACUGGGACUGGGAAAAAUACAAACAAUUUUGGCACUGUGGAAUUUUUAAACUGUUAAACUUAAAGUUGGGAAACAAAACACUAAAAAGCACUAAAAAUGAACAUAAAUCUGCCAAAUUUCAACGUAAAGAACCUUGUGAAGGAAGCGGGCAGCACGAUUUCGCGUGUGGUGCAGCUCACGGAGGAGAAGCUGGGCACCACGGAGCGCACAGAGUACGACUUGCACUUCCAGAAUCUCGCCGAGCGGGCGGAUGUGACCAAGACCUGGACGGAGAAGUUGGUGCGUGACACCGAAUCGGUGCUGAUACCCAAUCCCCAGAAUCGCGUCGAGGACUUUAUCUUCGAGAAGAUCGAGAAGUCCAAGCCCAAGCGUCUGAGCAAUCUGGAGCACUUGGCCUUGGAUAUGAUCGAGGCAGGCGGUGACUUUGGACAGGACUUGCCCUACGGCCAGGCGCUGAUCAAGGCCGGCCAGGCGGAGCAGAAGCUGGGCCAGUGCGAGCACGACUUCAUUGCCACCUCGGGCAUCUGUUUCACCCAGCCGCUGCGCAAGUUCCUGGACGGCGAGAUGAAGACGAUUGGCAAGGAGCGGGGCAUUCUCGAGUCCAAGCGGCUGGACCUCGAUGCCUGCAAGAAUCGUGUGAAAAAGGCGCGCAGCAUGCUAGGACAGCAGUCGAAAGAUGGCAUCUCGCCAGAGGCCGUCUUGGAACAGGCGGAGCGCGACUUGCGGGUGGCCCAGGCCGAGUUCGACCGGCAGUCGGAGAUCACAAAGCUGCUGCUGGACGGGAUCAGCACGUCGCAAGCGUCGCAUCUACGCCACCUGCAUGCCUUCAUCCAGACACAGGUGCGCUACUACAAGCAGUGUGGCGAUGUCAUGGAGCAGCUGCAGCGCGAGCUGGCCAACUUGGGAGGCCCCACACCGUACAUUCCGCUCGAUCUCAACGAGGCCAGUGCCGGCAGCAGGUCAGGCAGCUCAAGCGGCCCCACCGGUCGCGGUCCCGGCCACAACAACGCCGCCAAUGCGGUCUCAUCGGGCCACAGGCCCAGCCAGCCCUUGCACGUCAGCUCGGACCAGAUGCAGCGGGCACGCGUCCUCUGCUCGUACGAUGCCAAGGAUCACACGGAGCUCAAUUUGAGUGCGAAUGAGGUUAUCUUUGUGGCCGAAUGCUCGCCGGUUAACGAGGACUAUAUGUACGGAAAGCAGGGCCUGAUGAAGGGCCUGGUGCCGCGGGCCUUUGUGGAAAUGCUGGACGAGGAGCACGAUGUCACCCUCUAAGUGCGGGCAAUAAUCAUCAAGCAAUCAAUCAGUAAUCUCAACCAAAAAAGCAACCCUACUAUGAAGAUGAGAAAUGCUCCAAGAGAAAUGCCACGGAAAUACUCAUACGUUAAGGAGGAGGCGGGAGGGCAAUUGGACAAUUACAUGAUAGCAAGAGAGUACAAUAAUUUAUCAGAAUAUAUUAUAUACAAGACAUAUACACACAUACGUACGUACAUCCAUACAUGGGCAUGUUAUAAUAUAGAGAGCAUCGUAGUUUAGGCCCCGAACCUCGCCUCAAUAAUCAAAUGUACUGCAGUACAUAUAUAAAUUUUAAAAUAUUCUCAAGUUAAAUCUAUUAUUGUUACUACUUAUCGCAUAUCCAGGGGCUCCACACUCCACACUCAACAAAGUAUUAUAUAUUUGUGUUACGUCUAUGUCUGUAUCUUGGUUAACAAAAAGAAGACAUUAUCUGUGCUUUACUAUAUCCUAUAUCUCCUUAUAUUUAGAGAUUGUUAAUCCUCAGCUAUGGCGUUCCAAUUUAAGCUAUGUAACUAGUAUUAGGUAUACUUCCUGCUGCUAUAUUUAUUAUGUUAAAAUCUUUUUGUGCAAUUUGGAAAGUCAAUUAAAUGAUUGUUGCUGCUUGUUAAGCGUAAGACAAAGAAAACCCUGAAGAAAACACCAAGCCGAUUAGCUAAUUAGCGCUUAAAGUGACGCAAAUCAUUUGCAAAAAGCUAAGAAAAACGUACAAUACAGCAAUUACAAAAACAAACAACGAUGUUUUUAGGUUUUCAACUAAGAGAAAUGUUGUAGAGGUGAAUUUUAACAAUACAUCAAUUGAAAAUAAAUAAAUACAAAUAUAUUAUAAA